AACUUAGAUAAAAUGAUAUCCGGAAAAGAGAGAGAGAGAAGCGAAGAAAGUUUUAAGUUCCCUGUAAUGUCAACUUUGUGAAACAUUCCACAAUUUCAUAUCCUCAAAUUUUCAGAACAAUGAGUUCAUAUCCUUGUACAGAAUGUCCAAUUUCUAUUAGAAACUCCACAACUCAAUUCCCUCAUCCAAGAACACCAACAUCUACAAAGCAAAAAAUUUCUUAUCCUAAAUCCCUCAUCUCCCAAAUUUCACAUUCCAGUAGCUCAUCUCUCAGUCACCAAAAAACAAGAACAAACAGUGCUAGUUCUGAAGACAACUUUCCAACCAUGUCAGAAAUAAUGGAGGCAUCAAGAUCCCAAAAUCUUGAUCUUCAGCUCAAAACAUUGGGACCCUUUUUCAGAAUAACAGCAAAGAGCUUAAAAACACAAAGGGAGCUUGGGAAAGCAGAGGGUCUGAUAAGGGUCUGGUUUCAAGGUAAGGUUCUACACUUGGAUUCAAUUAGGCUUCAGAGAGAGACUUUGGGGAUGGAAAAAUCAAUAUUUGGGAUUGGAUUGUUUAUUGGAGCAGUUGCAAUUAGGCAUGGUUAUGAUUCUGGUUGUAGAAAAGCUGAGUUACUUGCCAUUUAUGAUACUGAGCUUUAUCACUCCAAGCUUGUGAGGUUCUAUACAAGGAUUGGUUUCAAGUCAGUUUACCAAGUUAGUGGUGAAUCACUUGGAGAUGUUGGUCACAGGUUAGUCUGGGGAGGAGUAGGAACCCGAAUGGAUGCAGACAUUGAAGAGCUUCUUGUAAAAUGGUGCACCAGAUUUAAACCAAAGAGUUAAUUUUACGCCAGCAGCUAAGUUUUGUUUAUAGCACAAAAAGUUUUGCAAAGUCACAAGGUGUAUAUAUGAAAAUUGUUGAUGCUGUGAAAUGACUCCCUUUACUAGUCUGAAUACUAAAUAAGUGUAGUUUGUACUCUUAUAAGAUUUGAAGAGACCUGAAAAAAAUCCGGUGUCAGGACGUUCCCGCUA